AGGCGACGGAACACGCCGACGCUGCCGAUAUUGCUCGCCGCCGGCUGGACUCUCUCCUGCUCGUGUAUUUUAGGUUAACCGGACUUGACGAAGCACGAUGCCGGACAGGAAGGGCGCCACCCGGCUCGAGGAUCUGCCCAAGGAGAUGAUGCACCAAAUACUCAUCCGGUUGCCGGGCAAGGCCGUUGGCCGCUGCCGUGCGGUAAUCAAGUCGUGGUGCAGUGCCACAUCCACACCUGAAUUCAAGCUCGAACACCACCGCCGCCAGCCGUUGCUCCCUAUUGUCAAUGGGGAGGGGCGGCCCGCCAGUUAUGUUGUCUUGGGUGACGCUGGUGCUGGCACCUCCAAUCAAGAGCUCUGGCCCUUGGUCCGGGAAGACAAACAAAAUUUCAACAUUCUCAUAGGCUCCUGUGAUGGCUUCUUCAUUAUCUUCCGACGCGGGCCAUCUCAAUUCUGCAUCUGCAACCCGGUCACCCGCAAGGCUGCUCUACUACCGGAGCCUUCAGGGCAAUACAACUUCCUAAUUGGUUUCUACAUCCACCAUCCAACUGGAGAAUAUAGGGUGCUUUGGGUCUCAACGUCACAUCUCUUUUCUAAAAUCACCUUAUACAUCCUCACAGUGGGAUAUGACAAGCCGAGGCAUGCAAUAGUUAGAAUGCCAGCGGUCUCAUCACCUUCCAUGCAACAGAAGUUACUGACUGGGCUGAGCUUGUCAUCCAAGCAUUCAUCACCAGUCCACCACCGUGGCAGCCUGCACUGGUGUCUUCAUGGUGCCGGUGACGUUACGGGAGAUGCUGGAGACAUUAUUGUGUUCGACACAGAAGCUGAGUCAUUCCGGUUGAUGCACAGUCCCGCCCAGUCAUGCUCUAAUAGGAAGUUGUUCGACAUGAAAGGGACGCUUGCUUUCUGGGCUGGCUCGACUCCUAGUUUCACCUCUAUGGAUGUCUGGGUGAUGCAAGAUUAUGAGGCUGAGAUCUGGGCUUUCAAGUACCGGAUUGAACUGUCAACGGUGGAGGCAUCACGACAACUUUAUCUAAGUUCUUACAAAAAGAAAAAGAAAACACCACAUGAUUCAGCGGUGCAGUCGUUUGAUGAUAUGGCUGUGCUAAAUGAGCGUGAGGUGCUGAUCAGAUUCAAUGACAAACAUGUGUUGCGAUGUGACAUUGAUGGCAAAUUCUUAGGUUUGGUUAAUAUUGCUAAGAGUCAAUAUUGUAUGUCGCUUACUCAGCACCAUCUUCAAGAGAGCAUUCUUCCAAUUCCGUCCCAUGAGAUGCAAGGAUAAGGCAAUGAUCCUCCGUUCUCCAAAGGGCGCGUCUGAAUGUUGAAGGCUCCUGGUUUGCCCUGGGAUUUAGAGCAUGUCUUCUGUUCUCAGCUCUUCUACUUGUCAGAAUUACCAGUCGAGAAUAUGUCAUUUUGGAUGGUUACAGUAGCAUCUGCCAUGUCAUCAUUUCGUGCUUACAAUAAUGUCUUGAAUGUCUUCUUAAUGUUCUGAACUAUGGUGUAUGGAUCUAUUGUAUUAAAACUCCUUAUUACUGUCCGUCCCUUCCGCCCAAAUAUACUUUAGGUUUGGCAUGAUUAAGACA